ACGUACACUGACGUACUCCGGAAGAGCAGAUUGAGCAUGUGCGGCGAGGCAUCAUGGCGGGAAUUUAUAUUUUACACAGUAUAGGAGCGAGUCACAAAACUGUAGUCUAUUAGCUGUUCGUGAAUUUAAAUUCGUCGAUUUCAAAGAAAUGGAAGCGUCGGCAGAAGAACCUACUACAGUCCUUGUUGAUGACCCCUGCGUCAAACUUACGCCGCGACAAGGGGGCGUGUCUUUAAGAAAAAGAUCUUCAGACUCCACAUAUAGGGGCAGGAACGUCUAUUCUGGUUUUAAAUCUCCGGCUCAGAACAGCAGCAGGUUGAAAUGUGCAGUCCGUCCAGAGGAAGAGGCCAAAGAGCUCAGACAAACCCUUGAUCUACUCGAUUCAGAAAUAGCCCAGCUGGAGAAAGCUGGAUUUGUUGAGAAGGAAUUGGAUCAACACAUAGAUUUGUUGCAUGAAUACAAUGAUAUCAAAGACAUUGGACAAACUCUACUAGGCAGAUUAGCUGGCUCGCGUGGACUGACCACAAGAGACUUGUACAGUCAUUUCGGCCUUGAGUUAGAUGACUGAGUGGCAAGCAUCAUUAAAUACUUUGAUAUUGUAGAGGGGAACCAUUUAUGGCCCUGAUUGUAAAUAAUAUUAUGGGUCUAUUUUUGUUUUUUGUAUGCAAUAACAAAUAAAACAAGUUGCUGUUCUUGA